UUAUACUCAUGGCUUUGGCGUUUGGGACAUAUUAUUCUUCAUCGAAAACUUUUCGCAUGUAUCUGGCACAUUGCUCUGUUCCAGCCACCCCAACAUGGCUGCGACGACGGAGACACUCGAUUGGCCGAAUAUUUCGAAAAUCCCUCCGUUCUUCUUCAAAAGCCAUGUACCUUUUUUCCUUCAUAUCUUCACCUGUUAUGCUCGGUUUUACCCUCUUGAUGUGCCCUUUUUCUUAUCCUUUUUGUCUACCUAUUUUCUUAGAAUACCUUGUACCUUGUAUUUUCCAUUGAUAAUUGAUCGCAAUGAUACGAUCUGUUGUAUUGUCUUCUUGAGACCAUCGUCUGGCCAGUCUGGACGGGCGCAUUGGCUCGACUUUUGGUGUUCUGUAUGUCAUAGCGGAUCUUGGAUGAGGAGAGCCAGUUGCUAUCAAACCAAAAAAAAAAAAAAAAAAAAAAAAUCAAGGCUCAUCAUAAAACAUCCAGGAAACCUGGUCUUUAGUAGAAGAUUGAUUACUUCAUUUAUUUCAGGGUAUUUAUAGGAAGGGAAGGGUUUUUGGUUUCGCUGCUUUAGGACUCGGACCCUGGCGAUCGGCUGGUUGCUGCGUCUCAGCGAGAUCUUAAGCUUCCCAAACAUUCUACAGCUUUAACCUUGAAUUGUCCACUUUUUUCUUUCUGGUUCUUCUUUUUGAG